AUGGUCCAGAAAAAAGGGAAGAAUGAUAAGUCUUCAAGUGACGAUGCUGAUCUCGCGCAGGCCACUGAGGUCUCAGCAAAUCUACACAAUAGGAUCACGAAAGCACACACCGCGAAAGCUUUACGAGAACUACACCAGAACAAGCAAAUCGAAGGACGAGCAGCCGGCAAACAAGUAGUCUAUCAUGCUAUACAGGAAACAUGCAAUGAGGCUACGCCAGAGAUAAUUGCAACUAUGGAUUGGAAAACUGAACGGCUGCAGGAGCAAGUGACCAGUCUCCAGGCCAUAGAGAAUAAGACGCGAGCGGAGUUAGCAGCUAUAUGUGGAAGACCCCUAGUCUCCGAGCUUCGACGUGAUAUUGGUCAAAUUGAGCAAGCGCAGGAGGUAAUACGCGCACGGCUGGAUAGGGUGCGAGGGAUUGACUCGGAUAGCGUACCUAUCCAGCUUGAAGUGGAUGCCGAAAAAGACUGGAAACAUUGGCAAAAUCAAGCCAACAUCCGCGGUCGGAUUUGUCGCGAUUUAUGGCGGAAGUGCUCGGAGGUUGUGCCGGAGAAUAUGACUAGGGAAGAACUUUGGGAGUCUUUGGGGUUGGAGGGCCCUUGCCUCAACUGACUGGCAACGUGCUCGACAUGAUGAAACGAGGCCUCUUACUCCCCCUUGGAGGCCAGCAUACUACUACUACUACUACUACUACUACUCCUCAGGGCUGGGUAUACAUGUCCUGGAACCACGGAAAUCACCGCCAUUAUGUUAUUAUUAACCCUUCAAUACUACGGGGAGUGUGAACAAGAUGAAGACGCUGUGUCACCAGUUAUACGGUACAAGACGACAGUAUAGGCACCAGAUAGCGAGUAUACUAUGCAAGUACGGAGUAUAUAAGUACUUACUCAUAGCACUAUGUAGAUAGACGAUCGGCGGCCGCUCCGCCCUGUCUAGAUCAAGAACGUGUAGAGGAAAGCUACUAGUAC